GUUAAAAAUGAUAUAAAUAUAAUAGUUAAUAGAAAAAAAGAAUUUUUAAAAAGUACAGUUUUAGAUGAUUGGAGAAAAGGAAAAAUUACUAAUUUUGAAUUUUUAAUGCAAUUAAAUAGUUAUAGUGGUAGAUCUACUAAUGAUUUAAGCUAAUAUCCUAUAUUUCCUUGGGUAUUAUAAGAUUAUGAAUCUUCUGUAUUAAAUUUAGAUGAUAAUAGAAAUUAUAGAUAAUUAGGAACACCUAUUGGUGCAUUAAAUAGAGAAAGAUUUGAAAAAAAUUAUAUGUAAAGAUUUAAAGGAUCUGAUCCAGAUGAUAAAAAUACAUAUUUUAUGUACGGCACACAUUAUUCAAAUGCAACGAUAGUUCUUACAUUUUUAAUGAGAAUGGAACCUUUCGCUGGCCUUCAUUUUUAAUAAUAAGAAAAUAAAUUUGAUUAUGCGGAUAGAUUAUUUCACUCUGUUAAAGAAUAAUGGAAAUCAGGAUUAAAUAAUACUGCUGAUGUUAAAGAAUUACUUCCUGAAUUUUAUUAUCUACCUGAUUUUUUAUAUAAUGUUAAUCAAUUGUAUUUAGGAAAAAAAUAAGAUAAUACUGAUGUUGAUAAAGUUAUAUUGCCUUAAUGGAUUUAAAAGUCUACAAAUAGUCCUGAAUUUAAAAUUAAAGAAAACUAUAUUUCCUUCAUUAAGAUGUAAAACGAAAAUUAUAUUAUGAACAUCUAAUUGAUUUUGGACAACGAAGUAAACGGUCUUUAGUGGCUUGCAAAAUGUAGUGUUGGAUGUGCUUUAAUCAGAGAAACAAUAGUAAAUUUGAAUAUAAAUUAUUUAAUUAAAUAUGAAAAAAUGACUGUUUUAGAAGCUUUAGAUUAUAUAAGAACAAAAAGAGAAAUAGUUUAGCCAAAUAUAGGAUUUAUGAAUUAACUUAGAAAGUAUUAUGAAAGCUUAUACAAUUGA